AUGGUCAAGUCAGGGAUCAUCUCCCUUCUGGGCAGUUUGUCCCUUCCAGUUGUCGCUUUUCGUGAUCUGGAGCAAAUGCCUGAAUCUUGGUGUGUGACCUACCUAUCGACCUACCUCGUCCCCAUUUCAGCUGCCACAAGCUCGCCUGCAGAGAGUUCAUUGCCUGGUAUUGACUCUUCUACGAGCCUGGAUAUCUCCGUCACUCUGAACCCCUCAUCAUCCCUUUCCCUCGCACCAGGUGUUACCUCUUCGAUAGUCACCACAGAAGUCAAGACAGCUCUUCCUUCAUCCACUACAGGCCCUGGCGCCCCUAACGAGGAGAUCGUUUUCCGUGUUGUUCCUGAUACCCCAGACAACAAUCGACUGCGGAGGCGAGCUCUUGGAGGGUUCAUCGGCUCCCCUUCAGAGAUUUGCGACGAUGCAAAUGUGUUCAACUUGGUUGAUGGGCAGCUCUUAGAAGGCAAUGUCCCCAUCUACUUCAACGGAGAGGACUACAAGGUGUUUGGCGGCCAGCAGGGGCCAGUUCCUAGUGGUGCAAUCACCAGAACAUUCUUCCGCGACGGGGAUAUUCUUCGAUUCCAAAGCUCACGAAUCAUUCCGAAUGGUGAGGCCGGCUUCUGUCAAACCCCGUCAGACGGGGUAGUCUAUAUCACCUUUUCUUCGCAACCUGCUGGGUGCAUCGCGGUCCAACUCUCCGCUAUCGGAUUCCAACAGUGUGUAAAUGGAGACGUAACUACAAGCACCGCUGCUACAAGCGAGGGGCAACAGUUCACUUCUGCAUCAUCCCUUGGACCGAUCAUCUCGAUCCCUUCGUCCUCUGACGAACUUCCUCCUGGAGUCUCAACGCUCCAGACAGAGAGCAAUCCUCCGGUUGUAACAACACAGUCAAAUGGGGCUGUAACGACAAAAAAUCCUAUUACACAGUCCAUCCCAUCGAGCACAAUCAGAUGGUCAAAUAUGUCAUCUUCUUUUGAACCACCACCAGAGACCUCAGAAUCCUCCAUCGUUCCCUUCAGCACUUUUCUUUUCACGUCUGAUUCAAGCACCUUCAUAGAUGUAAUUUCCAGCACGAAAAUUGUUGAACCAGAGUCCUCCACAGCCCAAGAGCUCAUCUCGAGCACUGCCGAUCUCCCAGCCUCUGAGAUUGGUACAACAACAGAGGAAGCCAGCACCACAGCAGAAGCCACAACAAGCGCUGCUGAAGAAGCAACGACAGAAACUUCUGAGGUUGAGACUACGAUAAACAUCUCUACGGAGGAGUCAGCCACUAUCUCUACUACCCAGGGAACGACGGAUACUACUACACCUACGGAGGUUUUAACAAGCGAGAGCACAACUGAGCAGAUAUCAAAAACCACUUCACAAGAGACAACAACAGAGAUCACGAGUUCAGAGGAGUCAGCAACGGAGACAACCUCAGAAGAGAUAACAAUAGAAACCACCAUUGAGGAAUCAACAAUAGAAACUACUUUACAGGAGACAACAACAGAAGAGAUAACUUCAGAAACCACCAUUGAGGAAUCAACAAUAGAAACUACUUCACAGGAGACAACAACAGAUACUACCACUGAAGAGUCAACAACCGAGAACCCCACCACCACUUUCACAUCUGCUCUCGACUCAACGACUGAAACCACCACUGAAGCACCCACAACAACCACCACUGCGGCUUCGGAGGAUAUCCAGCACUUUAGAGCAGUGUUCUCAGGCGUGUUUCAAUGA